AUGAAACCAUCUAAACUGCAAGAUCAUCUGAGAAGAUGCCACCCUGAUAAAACAGAGAAAGAUUUGAAAUACUUUCAAACACUCAAAGAUAAAUUUCAGAAGAGACCUACACUGGACAGAAUGUUCGCUUCGACGUCACAAAGAAAUGAUGAUGGUUUGCGACCGUCUUACAAUGUCUCGUUACUUAUAGCAAAAUCCGGAAAACCGCAUACUAUCGGAGAGAAGUUAAUUUUGCCAGCCGUUGAAGAGGUUUUAAAAACUGUUUUACACAAACCUGCAUCUGAUAUCAUUAAAAGAAUUCCCUUAAGCAACAAUACUGUUGAAAGACGUAUUGAUGAAAUGAGUUCUGAUAUUGAAAGCUUCUUAUGUAAUUAUUUGCAAACGACCCAUUUCUCUAUACAACUGGACGAGUCAACUUUACCUGAUAAUGCAGCAUUAUUAUUGGCAGAUGUUCGUUUUAUUAUGAAUCAAGAAAUCUACGAAGAACUGCUCUUCGCAAGAACUUUGAUAACCGACACUAAAGGUGAAUCAAUAUUUCAUGUUUUGAAGGAUUACUUCAUUGAAAAAGCAAUUCCUUUAUCAAAUAUAAUAUCAGUAGCUACAGAUGGAGCACCUGCCAUGGUUGGACGUUAUCGUGGAUUUAUAAGCUAUUUAAAACAAAAUGUGUCAGGGGUGUUAGCAAUACAUUGCGUCAUCCAUCGACAACAUUUAGUUGCUAAAAAUUGCAGUGUUAGAUUGCAUGAAUCACUUCAUUUAGUCAUUGAUGCCGUAAACCGAGUCCGAAGCAACGCGUUGAAUACGCGGUUAUUUGCGCAGUUGUGUGAAGAAAAUGACGAACACUUUCAUCAAUUACUCCUUCACACUGAAGUACGCUGGCUGUCGAAAGGCUUAUGUUUGACAAGAUUUUUUGCACUUUUUGAGACUAUUUCAGAAUUUCUGGAUACUAAAGAUAAAAUUUUAAAAGAAAAUUUAAUGAAGAGGAAAACACAUCGCCUAUUUAAAAGAUUUGUUUACAAAAUUUAA